AUGGACAUGACCACGACCAAAAACCACAGCUCGUCGGCCGGCGAACACAUAAAGCGGCCGAUGAACGCGUUCAUGGUGUGGUCGCGCGGUCAGCGGCGCAAAAUGGCCCAGGACAAUCCGAAGAUGCACAACUCGGAGAUCUCGAAGAACCUCGGCGCCCAGUGGAAGCUGCUGACCGAGGGCGAAAAGCGGCCCUUCAUCGACGAAGCCAAACGGUUAAGAGCCCUGCACAUGAAAGAACAUCCCGACUACAAAUACCGGCCACGGAGGAAACCGAAACCGCUGGUCAAGUCGCCGACGCCGAACGGUUCGGGCGGACUCUCGAACGGAAAUGGAUCAUCUUCGGCGAAAGAAACGACCCCGCAAUCCCACUCACCGGUCGGCAAACCGUCCUUCAGUCCCACCCAGCUGACCACGCCCGUCGGCCUGCCGCCCGGCAUCUUCCCGUCCUAUCACUUCGCCUACGAUCUGCACCAGAAGGCGUUCUGGAACCUGUACGGGCCGCAUCUGCUGUCCACUGUCGUCCCGUCCGCGUACGGAGUGCCGCCGCACGCUGCCCUACCGCUGCCCUACAUCAAACCGCCCAAAACCUCCCCACCAUCGCCCAUUCCACCCCCGUCACCCAUACAGUCCAGCAAUGUCAUCUGA